CAGAUCAAUAGGGGACCGGGGAGCGUCCCAGAGCGGUGCGGCAUUCGCGGUUCACCCAGUCCCGCGGCUGCACGCUUCUCGUCCGUUCCAGAGCUACACAUCUGCCGACCAUUAUGGAGCACUCCCGCUACUGGUGGCUGAUGGGGGGGCUGAUGCUGCUGGCGCUGGCACUGGCCGCAGCAGACGAAGGCUGCGGGGAAGACAUCGUGCGCGCAGUGAAGGUGCGCAGCGAGAGAGGCGCCAAGAACAGAGAAAUAUGCCGCUACGUGCGAGGCGCCUGGUCCGACUGCGACCCUAAGACGAACAUCCGCUCGCGGACCCUCACCCUGAAGCGAGGCGACCCUACCAGCUGCGAGGGCGCCAAGACCAUUCAGAAGAAGUGCAAAAAAGCUUGCCGCUACGAGAAGUCCUCCUGGAGCGAGUGCAGCCCCAACGGCGAGAUGUCCCGCACCGAUAUGCUGAAGGCCAAUAGCGACCCCACCUGCGACCUGAGCCGGCGGCUCACCAAGAAGUGCAAUAAGAACAAACAAGUGAAAGCCGCUAAAGACAAGGGUAGCUAUAUGUUCUACUUACGGUCGAUGCGGGUGUCUUUCCCAACCAAAACCUUCAAAAAGCCACGUCCCGCGGCCAAAAUCCAGGGCAAGUAAUUCAACACUCGAAGAGUUAGCGACACUGUGUUUGCGGUGAGUUGCGGUGCGUUUAAGAACUUGCAUCGAAACAGAAGAACGGUAGAACAUCCAGAGCUGCGUAGUCACUAGCGAACUAACCGGAACGUAACGUCACAACCACGUUUGCGUAAAACUCUCAUUAUAUUUGGUGGACAAAAGUUUGACGACUCCGUAAAUUCGACAGCUUCACAUUACUCCAAUCAAAAGUUACACAAGGGGCAGGCAAAAUCCACAGUUCAAUAGAAGCACUAUCAUACAUGAAUACAUUGAACCAUUGGUCGUCAUGGAUUUGUAAAGGAGCAUGGCAUGGCAUUUGUUCAACCCUUUGAGAUGACGAAAUAAACACCCAGGAGUCAAACAUACUUGUAGACUGCGCGGCGUGCCGACACUCUUGACGUCUUGAGCGCUCUUUAAAUCGUGUCAACAACCGACAAUCGUCUGCGAGCUACGCGUUUUCUGCUCGCAGAAUACCACAUAAUACUAAGUACACGUUAACAUGGUUGGUAAUAGCCCCGACAGUUCUGAUUAGCCAGUGAGUACGCGGUUUUAGCAUAUAAGUACAUCAGAUUCUAAUAUUGUACACGCUUGACUGGCCCGAGCACAUAUUAAAAUAUACGCUCAUUUUAUAAUGGAAUAUCUAUAGCUGAAGGGUUUCAGUUAACGGCAUACAUGCAAAAAUCAACGCAUCGCAACUUCCGUAAUUCGCAGCACACUUAAAUCGGUAGUUCAACAGUUCCCAGAACAUUGCGAAAAAUAACGGUACAUUCAAUUCAUUAUA